UGAGUACAUCCAACAUUCUUCUUGUACCGCCAGUACCCAAAGCUGCACCGAAUUGCCUCUCGAACACGCGCUUGCUUUACUUUUUUGUUGCAAACUAAGCUUAAUGUGAUUACUAGUCAAACAUAAUGAAGAAGGGGGAGCGCAAGGUUCUAGACUACGGGGACGUGUUGCUCCGAGAGGCGGAUGUUGAGCUGCUCGAGGGCCCGCACUGGCUGAACGACCAGAUCGUGUCAUUCUAUUUCGAGUACCUGGAGCGAGAGGCGCUGCCCGCCACGUCAGCUGCCGCCGCCAUUUCCGGUGUGCUGCUGCUGCCGCCCGCCACCAGCUUCCUGCUCAUGCACGCCGGUCCUGACAUGGCAGGUGACAUUCUCGGGCCGCUCAAGCCCCACAGUCGCGGGCUGGUGCUACUGCCGGUGAACGACAAUCCCGACGUGGACCGGGCGGCAGGCGGCAGCCACUGGAGCCUGCUCGUCUUCCACCGGCCCUCCAACACCCUGCGGCACUACGACUCCUCGGGCGGCAGCGGCAACGCCGCCGCCGCCAAACGGCUGGCGGCGGCGGUGGGCCCCGCACUCCAGCCGCCGGGCGCCGGAGGCGGUGGCAGUGGCAGCAGCGGCAGUGGCAGCAGCGGCACUGGCAGCAGUGGCGCCAGCGGCGGCGGGCCUCGGUUUGUGGAGGUGGUUGACACGCCGCGGCAGUGUAACGGCUACGACUGCGGUGUGUAUGUGUUGGCUGUAGCACGUGCCGCGUGUGAGCGCUGGUGCCUGGGGCCGGCAGUAGCAGAGGGCGCGGCGGAGGGCGCGGCGGGGGCAGCGGCGGAGGCAGGGGCUGCUGGGAGGGGAGAGGACGGGGAGGCUGGAGGUGAAGGGUCCUGGCGGGAGUGGGAGCGGGGCCUGCGGGCGUUGAUUACGCCAGCGGCUGUGAAAGCGCUCCGGCGGGAGGUGCGAGAGGUGAUUCGCGAGAAGGCGGGGGAGUGAUUGGGUGAUGCAUCCCUUUCUGUGGCCUUCUUGUUGGGGUAGCCGGCUCUGGUCCUGUGCGGCAUGCGCCGGGGGCGGCGCAAGCAGCAAUGCAAGACUACCGUACUGCUUUUGGUAUCACUGAAGUGACGAGCCGGAACGUGAGGUGCUGAGGUACACAUGACAUGAUGGGCACCGGUGCGU